UUCAGGUCCCUAUGCUCGACCAUGGGCUCGUCACCGCCCUACUUCCCCGCGCGGGACAGCCCCAGCAUCCUGGAGCCCGGCGAGGAGCCCUCCCCGCCCCGCUCCCCCUCCCCCGUCCUCCGCGCCCCCUCCCCCAUGCGGCUCCAGCACUCCGGCACCUACACCCCCCGGGAAAACAGCAACGGCAGCUUUCCCAACGAGGACAACAAUUCUAACUCCAUAGAUGGAGUGUUCCCGUCACCUUCCACUUACACCUUCGAUCCUGAAGAGAGUGAUUCCAGUUUAGCGCAGUGGCCGAGGCGAGACAACGCAGCCCCGAGCCCUUUCGUUUCCAACGAAAACAGCAUGUUCAGCACGGCCAUGUCCAAUGAGGAAUCUAACUCGUUACCUGAGGUUAGUGUACGUGGGGAAGGCAGCGAGCGUGGAGAGGACACGUAUGAACCGCCAGCGAAGAUUAGAAAGGUCAGUUCCCCUAAACAAUCACCCCAGCAGGACGAUGGAGAUGGACAGACAUGCCCUAUCUGCUUAGAUUCCUGGUGCACCUCGGGAGACCAUAGACUAGUCGCUUUAAAAUGCGGACAUCUCUUCGGUUCACGCUGCGUCGAGCGCUGGCUUAAAGCUCGAACCACUAAAGAACGCUGCUGCCCAACUUGCAAAAGCAAAGCCACCAUGAGAGACGUGAGAAACAUCUACGCCAGGAAGAUAAUUGCUGUCGACACUUCAGAGAUCACGACAAUGCAGAAGCAAGUGGAACAUGCGACUGCAGAAAAGAGCAGAGUGGAACUAGAAUUGCAGAAGUCUAAAAUAGCGCAUCGUGCAUGUCUUCAGCAAUUAGAAACUCUUAGGAAUACGUUGUUAAAAGCACAAGUUAAACCGCAGGUGAAGAGAUCUUGGCGCUUCGCGCUGGAGAAGAAUUUGGAGAUCUGCAAAGAUGGUGGCUGUAGAGUUAUGACGUACAACUGCCGGACUUAUGAGCUGUACGUGUCUCAGAAAAGCACCAAUGGCUUGUUUCCCGGUUACGGCAUUAGGAAAGUGAGUUGCGUGGACUAUAAGCAAGGACAAUUCGUGCAUUUACACCCCAAACCUAUAAGAGACAUAUCAUAUUCGCAACCUAAGGACUUACUUCUAAGUGUAGGUUUGGAUAGCUGCGCGAGGAUAGUAGAGCGAGGUAUCCCGAGUACCACAGUCCAAGCGGGUGUCCAACUCUGGUCUUGCGCUUGGGACUGUUUAAGAACUAAUGAAUUCUACGUGGGUGGUGUAGGAGGUUUCAUCCAGCAAUAUGAUAUUAGGAAUCCUAGUUCGUACAUUCAGCAGUUAUCAGCGCCGGGAGAUAUGUCACCAGUAGUGUCCUUAUGUCCCACAGAAUUCGGUCUGUUAUCCUGUAAUUUAAAUUCGUGCUGGUUGUGGUCGUGGCGGGGUAACGGGCAGUGGGAGCCGCGGGCUUUGCCUGUUGAAGGUCCCUUUAUGUCGAUGUGUUAUGAUAACGAGACUCGUAGAGCUGUAGUGUCGUGUAGGCCUGCGAAUGGGGAGCGGGCCAGGCUGUCCUUAUGUCAGUUUAGGAAUGAUGACGAUGUGACGUGCCAUGUUGAGCAGACGUUUCAAGGAUCUGCUAGGAGUUGUAUAAUGUCGAGGUCCGCUUGGGUCCGCGCUGAAGGAGCGGCUUGGUUGGCGUCUCACUCUGAGUCCGCUGGUGCUUUAGUACUCCACGGGUUGGACGGGGCCCGCGGGGCUUCGCUGCCGGCAGCGGAGCCCGCCAUAGACGUGUGCUCGGUGCAGUUGAACGGAGAUACAUUGCUCGCAGCGUUGUCUGAGGCGCGGUUAAGAAUAUACAAGGCUGUACCUACUAGUUAGAGCUUAGAAUAACUAUCUUAUUUUAGACUUGCAAUAACUUAUAUAGAAUCGAUUUGGCCAAAUAAACGGACUCCGAAAUGGGCUAGUCUCAUUUAAAACUCAGUUGCUCAUGUAUAAACGUCAAAU